AUGGAAGGUGUUGAGGAAGCGAGAAAUGAAAACGCAGAUGGACUAGCGCAGCCUGACAGCGGCCAAGCUAGCGGUUAUCCACAGACUGGGCUAGUAACAUACGCCCAGGCGAGCACGAACGGCCAUGGCGCUGAACAAGUCAGUAUUAGAGGAGUACAACAAGUCAUGGAUAACCGACCCGAAGUACAAAACGAAACUCACGUUGGUUUGGGUGACGAUCGAGGGCACCUUUCUAUUACGAACGUCCCAGGUGGAGUGCAAGUCGCUGUUGUCCCUGCUACUGAUGAAGUUGGCGUUGUAGAUGGGAGUCUUGCAAGCGCUCCAUCCGCGGUGGAAAGGACAGACGAUGGCUCUCACCAAGUUGUAACAGCCAUGCCCGCGGAGUACGGCUUACCAGGACCCAUACCGGCGCAAUAUGUUCUUCACGAGGAACACGAAGGUAAGCUUGACAUUCUGUUG